GUCAAGCUGGCUCCACCCUCUCCGCUGGCCUGCCAGCCCCUGUGACGUUUCCGUCAUCAUGUAACGGUCUCUAGGGCGAAACCAGGGAGGGAGGGAGCUCAGGCUGCUGCGCAGGCCCUCAGGCCCCUCCUCCCAGGAUUACGGCUGGAGCCAAGGACAUGCCGGGGUUGAAGAGAUACGAAGUGGCGCUGGAGGCAGAAGAGGAGAUCUAUUGGGGCUGUUUUUACUUCUUCCCUUGGUUGCGGAUGUGGCGAAGGGAAAAGAGCGCAGCACCCCCCCAGAGGCAGAAGCUGGAACCCCUUCCCCGCCUAGUGAGCUGCCUGUCCAGGGGCUUGGGCCCCCACCCUUCCAGGCGAAGCAGUCCCCGCCAUCCGGCAGUGCCGCCCCGGGGGACCCAGCAAGCAUCAGUCUAUCGGGCCGGGGCCCAGCCGCUCCCCAGCAGUGCCGUGGACCCCGGAGAGGGUGGAGCCUCCAAGAAUGCCUUCUUCAGUCAGACUUUAGGUACAGGGGAACUCCACGCCUCCCCUAAACCUGUCCCAGUUAAAAGGCUGGGCCCCACGGAGUGUUUUCAGAGGUUCCUUACACAGCCCAAACUCGCUAGAAGCAGCAUGAAGGGAAUGGAGCUAACCCUGACUCUGACCCUGUUGCUACUCAACUCCAGCCCCAGAAGAGCCCUACCCCUAGACCCCAGCAUUUCAUGCUGCACCCAAGUCUAUCGAAAGAAUCUCCCCAGUAAAGUACUCCGGAAUGUCAUCCAGGUAGAACUACAAGAGGCCAAUGGCGACUGUCAUAUACAGGCUUAUGUGCUGCACCGAAAAGGAGGACGACCUGUUUGUGUUCACCCAAAGAAUCGUUCUCUAGUUCAGUGGUUGUCCCGAAACAAGAUGAGGCAGAAGAAUUACGGUCAUAGGACCAGGCUCAACCCAACUCCCUAGCCCCCACCCCCACGCCCAGUCCCACCCCCAUUUCCUCCAGUCUCCUGUGAGAACUGAUACAUCUCAGUUCAGGUCUUUUUCCUCAAAAACCCAAUCCCAUAUAUUGCCUGACCCCCCCCUGGGGGGGGCAGUCAUUUCCUUAGAGGCCCAAGGUGGGGAGAAAGCGAAUGGACUUAAAAGCCUGAGCUCUGCACAGGAACCAGAAAAUCAGCCCUGGCGACCAGAACUGUGGAAAGCAGCCCCCCACCCACUGCUUUCAGGUAAUGCUCUUCCCCUAAUAAAGAUGAG